GUCUUUGGGAAAAAAAUAGAGGAAUUCACUCUCAGUUUCACUUUCAAGAUUGCAGCAAAUCUGCCAUGCCUUCCUGGUGAAAACGACUGAAUUUGGACUAAUGAAAAAAGGAACGGUCGGCUGUUAUCAGAGUAAAUGAAGAGGCGAGAAUCAUGAACCAGAGUUUACCUUUUCAUAUCUACUACUUUUUGGGACUGUUGCCCUUGUGGAUACUGUGUACAUCUUCUGCCAAUAAAUGUGUUGUUAGACAAGAAGUAGCUGACUGCAGUCAUCUGAAGUUGACUCAAGUGCCUGAUGACCUUCCGGCAAACAUAACAGUGUUGAAUCUCACCCAUAAUCAGCUCCGAAGAUUACCAUCUGCCAAUUUUACAAGAUAUAGCCAACUUACUAUCUUGGAUGGAGGAUUUAACUCCAUCUCAAAACUGGAGCCAGAAUUGUGCCAAAAACUCCCCCUGUUGGAAAUUCUGAAUCUCCAACACAAUGAGCUAUCUCACCUUUCAGAUCAAACUUUUGUCUUCUGCAUGAAUUUGACUGAACUCCAUCUAAUGUCCAAUCCAAUCAAGAAAAUUCAAAAUAAUCCCUUUCAAAACCUGAAGAAUUUAAUCAAAUUAGAUCUAUCUCAUAAUGGUUUAUCAUCUACUAAAUUAGGAAGUCAGCUCCAACUGGAAAAUCUCCAAGAGCUUCUGUUAUCAAAUAAUAAAAUUAAUGUACUGAGACCUGAAGAACUUGAUUUCCUUGGUAAUUCUUCUUUAAAAAAAUUAGAGUUGUCAUCAAAUCCAAUUAAAGAGUUCUCUCCAGGGUGUUUUCAUGCAAUUGGAAAAUUAUUCGGUCUCUCUCUGAACAAUGCUCAACUGACCCCCAGCCUCACAGAGAAGCUCUGUUUGGAACUGUCAAACACAAGCAUUCAGAAUCUAUCCCUGAGCAACACCCAGCUGUACAGAACGAGCAAUCUGACUUUCGUUGGAUUGAAGCACACAAAUCUCACCAUGCUCGAUCUUUCCCACAACAACUUAAAUGUGAUUGAGAAUAAUUCCUUUGCUUGGCUUCCACAUCUAGAAUAUUUCUUCCUGGAGUAUAAUAACAUAGAGCAUUUGUUUUCUCACUCCUUUUAUGGGCUUCUCAACGUGAGAUACCUGGAUUUGCGACGCUCUUUUUCUAAACAAAGCAUUUCCCUUGCUUUGCAUCCCAAGAUUGAUGAUUUUUCCUUUCAGUGGCUAAAAUGUUUGGAGUAUCUUAACAUGGAAGACAACAACUUUCCAGGCAUAAAAAGCAAUAUGUUCACGGGAUUGAUAAAGCUGAAACACUUAAGUCUCUCCAACUCCUUCGCAAGUUUGCGGACUUUAACCAAUGAAACAUUUUUGUCCCUUGCUCAGUCUCCUUUAGUCACACUCAAUCUAACCAAAAACAAAAUCUCAAAAAUUGAGAGUGGUGCUUUUUCUUGGCUGGGCCGCCUACAGGUACUCGACCUUGGCCUUAAUGAAAUCGGGCAAGAACUCACGGGCCACGAAUGGAGAGGUUUAGAAAAUAUUGUUGAAAUCUACCUUUCCUACAACAAAUGCCUACAACUGACUAGCGGCUCUUUUGCCUUGGUUCCAAGCCUCCGACGACUGAUGCUCCGAAGAGUGGCCCUUAGAAAUGUGGACGGCUCCCCUUCACCUUUUCAUCCUCUUCGAAACUUGACUAUUCUGGAUCUAAGCAACAACAAUAUAGCCAACAUAAAUGCUGAGCUGUUGGAGGGUCUUGAGAAACUAGAAAUUCUGGAUUUGCAGCAUAACAACUUAGCAAGGCUAUGGAAACGUGCAAACCCCGGUGGUCCUGUUCAUUUUCUAAAGGGUCUUUCUCACCUCCACAUUCUUAAUUUAGAGUCUAAUGGCUUUGAUGAGAUCCCAGCAGAGGUAUUCAAGGACUUAUUUGAAUUAAAAAGCCUUUAUUUAGGAUUGAAUAAUUUAAACAUAUUUCCACCAUCUGUCUUUGAUGGUCAGGCAUCUCUAAAGUCAUUGAACCUUCAGAAGAAUCUCAUAACAUCAGUUGAGAAGAAUGUUUUUGGGCCAGCCUUCAGGAACCUGAGUAAUUUAGAUAUGAGCUUUAAUCCCUUUGAUUGUACCUGUGAAAGUAUUGCCUGGUUUGUUAAUUGGAUUAACCGGACCCACACCAACAUCUCUGAGCUAUCAAGCCAUUACCUCUGCAAUACUCCACCUCAAUAUCAUGGUUUCCCUGUGAUGCUUUUUGAUAUAUCACCCUGCAAAGACAGUGCCCCCUUUAAACUCUUUUUCAUAAUAAAUACCAGUGUCUCAUUGAUUUUUAUCGUUAUCGUACUGCUUAUCCAUUUUGAAGGCUGGAGGAUAUCUUUUUAUUGGAAUGUUUUAGUGCAUCGAAUUCUUGGUUUCAAAGAAAUAGACAGACAGCCAGAACAGUUUGAAUAUGCAGCUUAUAUAAUUCAUGCCUAUAAAGAUAAGGAUUGGGUCUGGGAACACUUCUUUUCAAUGGAAGAAAAAGAUCAAACUCUCAAAUUUUGUCUCGAAGAAAGGGACUUUGAGGCAGGUGUCCUUGAACUCGAAUCAAUUGUUAAUAGCAUCAAAAGGAGCAGAAAAACUAUUUUUGUUGUAACACAGAAUCUACUAAAAGAUCCAUUAUGCAAAAGAUUCAAGGUGCACCAAGCAGUUCAACAAGCUAUUGAACAAAAUCUGGAUUCCAUUAUAUUGAUCUUUCUUGAGGAGAUCCCAGAUUAUAAACUGAACCAUGCACUCUGUUUGCGAAGAGGGAUGUUUAAGUCUCACUGCAUCUUGAGCUGGCCAGUUCAGAAAGAACGGGUAAAUGCCUUUCAUCAUAAAUUGCAAGUAGCGCUUGGAUCCAGAAAUUCAAUACAUUAAAUUUAUUUCAAGACUAAGGUAACAGAGGAGUAACUUUCCCAACUUAAAAAGUUUCGUAGUCAAUUUAGGCUUUAUUUGAAAAUAAUGUAAAUCUGUUUAUUCAUAUUCAGAGAGUAUUGUCCCAUGAUUCUAUCUCUCUAUCGCAGGCCUUUUAUUACCAGCUGAGUUAAUUGGACCCAAAAUAAACAUAUAAGAAUAUCUUCUACGAAUGAAUAUACAAUUGGUUACUGAGGUCUAUGACAACUUAAGAAAGUUUUAAAAUAUUCCUCAUUCAAAGAAAAGUUAGAAUUAUGGGAAGGUUUCUGAUAAUUAUAUUUGGAGUUUUUUUAGAUGCACUCAGUAGAAUAAGAGAUAAUUGUUUUAGUGGAUACAAUGCUCUUUCAACUGUGAAAGAGUAAAAUACAUACCCCAAUUUUUAAAAGCUUAGGUAUAGUAUUUUUUUUUUCAUUUGGAAAGCUUUUAUUUUAGUGGUGCCUGUCUCAGUGUUGAUUUUGUUAAGUGUUAAAUCCCAUUUUAAUAUACAGAUUCAUGGUCAGAAAACAUUUACGGUUCAUUUUGAUCACUUAGUAAAAUAAACAUUUUAAUAAAUACUUACUUAUAUUUUCCUGACAUUUGGGUUUCUGCUAUAGGUGUUAGAAGAAACAAUCCUCUUACUUAAAAAUAUUACAAAAAAAAAAAA